AUGAUGGAUGAGGAAUCAUGCACAGAAGACGAAUUAAAUUCACUUCGUCAGUCAUCAAGGGUGCGACAAACAAGCCCUUCUGAAAGAUCAUUUGGAUCAUCAGAUGACGAUAGCGAUGUUGAACGCAUAAAGCGACGUCAUGACCAAAGUUUAUCUCCAGCUUGUCGUCGUUCACCUGUUUCUCGAAUUAAAGAGAAAUCUUCUAGUCGACAGCAAAACGCUAUGACUAAGUAA